CAAUCACAGCGCAUGUCCUCUUGCGGAGAGAACCAUACACGGCAGCGACCCGGCGGCUACAGCAGGCUAUCGCUUCUCUGCCACCGGGCUAAUAUGAGCCUUUAAUUGAGAGUUAAGACAUUAAACCGGAUGCCUCUAUGAUCCAGCUAACCUUACAGCGAGAUAUACAGUGUUCAGUUUUCACAAGAGGUGAGCCAUGGCUGAACCGAACGCCUCCCGCCCCCAAAGGAAGAUGUCCACCGCUGGGGAGAGUGUGUACAAGGUGUUAGGCCUGGAGAAAGGAGCGACAGCUGAGGACAUCAAAAAAGCAUACAGGAAACUAGCCUUGAAGUACCACCCGGAUAAGAACCCAGACAACCCAGACGCAGCGGAGAAGUUUAAGGAGAUUAACAACGCCAACUCUAUUUUAAAUGAUGAGACCAAGAGGAAGAUCUAUGACGAGUAUGGCUCCAUGGGCCUGUACGUGUCUGAACAGUUCGGAGAGGAGAGCGUCAAAUAUUACUUCCUCAUGUCCAAAUGGUGGUUUAAGAGUCUGGUACUGUGCUGCACGAUGUUCACCUGCUGCUGCUGUUGCUGCUGCUGCUGUUUCUGCUGUGGGAAGUGUAAACCACCUGACGAUGAUGACCACUACCAGUAUGUCGACCCUGAAGACCUGGAGGCCCAAAUCAAAGCAGAGCAGGACGGAGGUUACACAGUAAUCAUAGGCCAGCCCAAAUCGAACCUGGGUCCAGAAAGCCCAGAAGGCCAGAGUCAGCCCAUCCCCCUGCCACUGCCCAUGGCCCCACCUGAGCCCCAGUCGCCGACCCCAGCCAGUCCAGCAGGGGAAGAGAACCCCGGAGAGACUCUACCAGAGUCUAAAUGACUCGAAAGUGACGGAGCGGAUGAGCCUCAACUAGUGAAAGCAGGUAGCCUCUCGAGCCCCUUCUAUGAUCCAGCCACAUUCACCUGCUGCCAGAGAUCAACCAGCCCAAAGCCACCAGCCACCCCAGGCCCACACCUUAAUCCUGGCCCCUUAACCCACCUGAUUUACCCACUGGACAACACCUGUAAGGUGGACACCUAAAGGCUCUUGCCCCCCUCCCUUUCCACGGAAAUAAAGUUAUGGAGGAGUAUUGAUGCUCUGAAAAUGCUAAGACCCUCACUGAAAAUUUGAAUCCCAUUUCUCCUUCUAGCUUGCCACAGACUUUAGCCUAGUCUGGGCUAGAUGUGAUCCAACAGUUUCCGUCAUCCAGGGCUAGGCUUGGCAACAUGCCUGGACUCCUCACUAAUCUGUUCUUGUCAUCCCAUUACAACCAGCAAGGAUGUGACGCUGGACGAUGGCAUAAACGGGGAGAUAAGAGGGCAAACGACAUCAUGGAAAGGUGAUCCUCAUUAUUUGUUUGCAAUCCAGACCAGGAUUGAAAUGAUCUCUAUCACAACCUCCCCUGCGUCUCCCUCCAAUGUGGACGUUCGUGACCAACAGGAGCCCUUUUUUUUUUUUUUUUUUUUUUAAACAUUCCUCCGCCUUUAACUUGUUUUGGAGUUGUUUAUCCAGCUAAAAAAAAAAGGAACGUUUUUUUGGUAAAAUAACUCCAGUAUGGAAUUGGAUGCCACUUGUGAUGUGUACACGUCAUCAGAAGCCAGCAGCACGAGGAUGUGGGUGUAGAGGACCUUUUUUUUGUGUUUGCUCUUCCUUCAGUCCUGUUUUACCGAACAAUCCCCUUCAGUUAAAUGUUGCAUUAACACCCUCGAAUGUUCAUCUCUGUAAACAAGCUCUUGAUGCCAUGUGUUGGUGGUAAAAAAUAAUCUUCUUUCGAAAGAAGGACUAACGCUACACAAGUUUUUAAAUCGGGACGCUACUACAUUUCACAUGAACGCUGAAAUGUGGGGAGGUGGGAACAGACGUGACGCAGCAGAAGUGACUGACAGAUUUAAGUCUUUGAUGUUAAAUGUCUGAGCCAAUACCUGGAGCAGAAGAUUUAGAGCAUGGAUCAGGAGCAGAGUCCAGGCUUUUCCUCCCCAAUGUGCAUGCAUUUUUCCCGGAUGCAUGCCCCCCCCCCCCUACUGUACAGCACUGGAAUACAGUCCACAGCCCGAAACACAAAAGAUGAAAAAUCUGCCUAGUCUAACCUUACAGACAUGCAGACUCUAGUUAUACACACAUAUAUACAUACACACACACACACACACACACACACACACACACACACACACACACACACUAUACACUUGUACCAGCCCGUAUGUCAUCGUGUGCCGCCCUCAGCUAAACAAUACAACCCCCCAGCCAAAUCUAUUUAAUGAAAUGAACAAAGACAGAUGCCAUAUCAUGGAAAAGAAACCCAUUUGUAUUCAUGUUUUGUCAGAUCAUUGCGCUCCUUCUUGUGUUGCAGUCACACUAUUUUUCGUAGACCAAAGCCAACAGCUCCAUGUAGCCAGCCAACCCAUAAUAACUCUUGUCGAGGCCGAUAGUCUCUGGAAACGCCAUUUGCUCUAUAAGCCACAGUUCAGUUUGUCAAAUUUGUUUCUACGAUAUGCAUUUGGGUCUAUGCACCUUGUGAAGCGCGCGUCCGUUGCCAUGUGAAAUGGUUAUCUUUUUUUUUUCUUUGGUGUAAACCUUUUUAUUUGACCUCUUACUUUAGGAAGAACAGAAACCUUCAACUUUAAGUCAUUUGAUGAUCCAUAAACGCAGGUCCAGAUUCACUAAGACUGCAUUGUAAGGGCAAUCUUAUGAUUCACGAUGAUCACCUUGUGCUAAUGAAUACACCUCAGUUACUUGAGUGCAUUUUCAGUUUUUUAACUAAAUUCACAAAAUGUUCUGUAGAUUAAUGUGUGGCCCUUGAAAAAUUAACCCUUUAACCCCAACUUUCAGGCACUCUUAUUUUAGUUGGAGGACUAAUCCAUUAACUCCUGCACCUUUGCACCGUAAAUCACCUUUUCAUAGUUCU